CGGUAUUGUUUGUCAAGCUGCGGUUCGAGAACUAUCAAAAAAAAUGUGGUGCUUAAAGAUCUUUUUAGUAGCUUUACUUUACGUUGGCUUUGCAAUGGGCGAAGCACCGUACGCCGCAGCAGGUUGGCGUCCGCAGCGGCCUUUUAACUUGCCCGCCGACUACUUGCCACCUUCACGUGGCGUAGAAAAGCAGCAACAACCCACUUACGUUUUGGAAAUAAAUAAAGAGCGUGUAGACUAUGCCGGUCAGAUUCAAAAUAGUAUCCUCAAUUCAGCCAAUAGACAACCAGCCAACCCGUAUUUUCCACCGCGCAAGCAAAACACUGAUUUUUUGAAAGUCCAACGUCCCCCUUACCAAGAGCCAGGACCACAAUUUGUGCUAAAAUCGGCAUUCCCUCGGUCGCAGCAGCCACAAAAAACGCAAAUUUUUCAAAUAUCAGAAACACAGAGCCGGCAACAACGCGGAGAACGCCUACCAACGCAACAACCAUUUUUUGCAUUCGAAGGCGAGCAGCGAUCUGCGGUUUCUAAGCCGGCGCAAAAUUAUGGACCACCGAGUAGCGGGCAGGAGCAAAAUUUUGCCGUUAAUUAUCCAGAUUCGCGUAACUUAGAGCCCCAAGUGCCAGACGGCGAAGUAGAUGAGGGCGUUCGCAUAGCUAUUGAAGCGCUAAAUGUAGCUAGGGAGUCUUACAAUCGUCAACAGGAAGGAGAAGUAAUCAAUGGAAGUGAUGGCACAUUAGAAGCAGAUGUUCAAGAGGUUGAUGAUGCCGAUGCAAAGCGACCAAGUGACGGUUACCCCUCAUCACGUGCAACUCGCGGACAAUAUUAUGUCUUAGGACCUGACAACCGCCUGCAACUGGUGCGUUUUUCAACCACACAGAGUGAGGAAGAAGCGCGAAACAAUAGUGGUUUCACUGCACAGCUGCGGUACACGCCAGUCGGUGAAAUUAAUGACCCCGUUUUUAAAUAUAAUGGGCAGGGACAGCUGGUCAGGAUUGUUAAGAAGUAGAUUGUGAAACAAAGAGCAUAAAUAUGUAUGUAAUAAUUAUAAUUAUAAUUUAAGUUUGUAUCUUUGAGGUUAAUAAAUGUAUUAUGUGAGCACA